AUGAAACCAACUCACACAGCGCGCAAAGCAACCAAGGCUCGAGAAGCCGUCAAGCACACGAAGACAUUCUCAGGUUGCUGGACAUGCCGUGAUAGACAUGUGAAGUGUGACGAAGCAAGACCCCAUUGUGCGCGAUGUAUCAAGGGUGGAUUCCAAUGUCAAGGAUACGGCAUCAAGCUCGUCUGGAUCGACCCGAACAGUCAAGAGCGCGAGCAGAACAUCCGGCGCGUCAUCGGCACGCCCGCUGUCUAUGAUGAUGCGUCGAAUUUCAUGCGAGUCGAUGUCAAUGAGGCUUUGGAGGUCAUAGAAGGUCUCUCGCCCGGAGAAGGAUACGUGUCGUCAGGCCCAUUCUCAGUCUUUUCGCUACAAACAACCGAGGCAGAACAGCUUGAACCAUCUUUUGAUCCAGACUUACAGACACUUCCAAUUUGCGGAAGACGAGAUUCGGCCUUGCCAACAGAUCUCUCGGAAGAGGAUGUCGAUGACCAGGGCGACGAAUUGAUAGAAACCAUCAUCUCUCCUUCCACAACCUAUCUUCAAGGCUCAGCGGACACUCUGGACACGCCCACACAAUGGCCUUCGAGUCCUGCUUUACCGCUUACAAUACGCCACCUCGACCUUCUACCGCGCCCGGCUGAACAACGAGAUCUCAUCCACCACUGGACAAACUUCGUCUGCUGGCACCUCGUCCCCGUCGACCGGCCGGACAACCCAUUCCGCAGCGUCUUCACGCCCAUGGCUCUCGCGGGCCUAUCGUCGCCAUCAAACCAAUCGAACGGACAGAUUGCACUUUUCCACGCGCUAUGUGCCACCUCGGCCUUCAGCCGUGGCCAGCUUCUCCAUGGGGAUAGCAGAAACCUUACCUUGGCGAUGAAGCAUUACAACCUAGCAAUCAUGCACCUGCGCCAUAGCCUCGUGAACCUCAAGGACAACGACCAAAAUCUCGGCCAGGUCCACCUACACCGGGGCUCCAUUCUCGCGACUAUCACCAUGUUCUCGGCAAUGGACAUGAUCACCGGCCGCGCGGGCGAAUGGCGCACCCAUCUACAAGGUGGCGCCUCGUGGCUGUCCACCAUAGAAAACAGCGAGUGGGAUCGCGACAAGUCUUCCUCCAUGGUCUACCAAGGUUAUCUCGCCAUUGCGGCGCUGUGUAAUAUCAAUCUCCCGUCCACCAUCGACGUCGAAUCCGAAAGUUUCCUGGGCGACGAGCGGAACUACGUCCUUGAUCGAUUCUUCGGGCUCACCCGUCCGAUCCUGAAACACAUCGUCGUGAUGAACAGCCUGACCAACCGCAUUUCAACCACAGCUUCCGAACCGCCAACGGCCGCGAUGCUGGACGAUCUGGAAACCCAACUGUACGCGCAGACGCCGUCGAAUCUGGACCUCUCAGGCCUUCCACCCCUCGCUCAAUUUCUAACCUUGCACCACGCCUACGUCUUCUACUACGCCUCGCUCAUCUACUUUCUCCGCACCGUCCGCCGCCUCUCCCCGCAGGCCGCGUGCAUCCAGACUAUGGUUUCGCAAGCCGUCACGCAUCUGGAAGACAUUGAAAGCCUCGGGGGCGACAGCAUAGGCUGCACGUUGGUUUGGCCGCCGUUCAUCGUGGCGUGUGAGUGCUUGAGCGAGGAGAUGCAGGAGAGAAUGCUCAGCUGGUAUCAGCUGAAGAGGAGGCAUGGGUUCAUGAACCUGGAGAUUUCAAAGGACAUUGCGAGGGAGUUGUGGCGGAGACGGAAGUUUGCGGAUGAUCGAGGGAGCGCAGACGUGGAUAUACAGUGGCAGGAUGUUUUGAGGGAGAUGAAGAUGGACAUUGUCCUUGCGUGA